AAUAUGUAGGAAAUGAAAUUAACAUUCAAAGUUUCAAUACUUUUUCAUUCUUUUUAAUAUAACUUUAUAAUAGUAUAAUAUAAAAUAAAUUUUAAAUGUUUAGUUUCUAAUAUUCUAUUAUUCUACUGUAAAAAAUAUUAAAUAUAAUAAAUAUUAUAUAAUUAUAUAUUAUAUAUUAUUCAUUCAUAUUUAUACACAAUAGGAAAAUAUAAAUGAAAAAAUAUUUUUUUAGUUAUAUUUUUUAUUUAUCUUUAACAAUAUUAUUUUUUAUAGAUUUUAUUUUCUAUUUAUUUUUAUUUUUAAUAUAUAUGAUGUAUUAAAUGAUGUAUAAAUAUAUAAUAUGAUGUAUAAAUAUAUUUUUUAUGAUGUAUUAAAAUCAGCUGAUUAGCUUCUUUCAAUAAUAUUUAUUUUAAUUCAUUUUUUUGUAAAUUUUUUCCAUUUUCAUAAUGAUUUAUAAUCAAUUUUCUUAAUUCAAUGAAAAUCUCUUUACUUUUUCUAUCUAUUUAAUCGAUAAUUUAAAUGUUACAGAUCAGUAUUAUUUAAAACAAAAGAAUAAUUUCCAAUUGUCUUUUAUGUAUAAUUCAUAUAUAAUGAAUGACAAUUUCAUGUAUAAUAAACAAAAAUUUCGCUUUGUAGUAAAAAAAUUCCCUAAGAUGUACAUUAUUUAUAUGUUGAGUAUACAAGUUUAAAAGACUAACAAAUUGUAACAUUUUUUUUUUAUUUUUAAUAUUUUUAAGUAAUAAAAAAAUUCGUAAAUAUAUAUAAUAGUAUAAUAAUGAAUUUUGUUGUAUAAAAUAAAUAUAAGUAAAAUAUAUUUGUAGAUAUAUUAUUUAUAUUUAUAAAGAAAAAUAUAUCUUUUUCAUUUAUGCUAUUUUUCUACAUGGUGUAUGAACAAGUAAUUAAAUAAUUAUAUUAAAUAAAAAAGUUAUAUAUAAUAUAAUAAAAUUAUAUUCAAAAUUAAAAUAUGCUGAACUUUAAAAAUUGUUUUUAUUUUCUCAAAAAUUUCUCAUUGACGAAAAAACUAUUUCAUUUAUAAUUGCGUUUUAUAUAAACUUUCAAUAAAAUCAAAAUUUUCAGAUAGGAUAAAUUCCUUUAUAAUAUAAAAGAAACAUUUUGCAUCUGACUCUAACAUCAAAUAUUUUAUAUAACAUAUAAUCACAAUGGAAAACAAUAAUGAUCAACAUAAUGAUACAUCAGAUAGCGAAGAAAUUCUCGUAUAUGUAGAAUUUGAAGUACUUGAUGAUAAUGUAUUUAAUGAAAAACAAUUACAAUUGGACAUGAUUGGUAUAGAUACAGAACAUCCUAUAAUGCAAAUUAAUGGAAAGUUUUAUGAGGGUACUUAUGAAGAUGUCGUUGGUACUUAUAUGUUUUUUACAAAAACUAAUGAUUCUUCAAUGAGUGAUCCUGUAUUUGAUAUUGCUCCAAAUUUUAAAUAUUUUGCUAAAACUAAAAAAUUUUUAAAAAUGCAAAGAAUUUUCAUAAAAUCUAGAACAGAAGUUCUUGGUGAUUCUGAAAAUAAUCAAUGUAUUCCAAAUUCAUAUACACUUAAACAAGCAGGAAUACCACUUCAGUAUCGAACAGAAGCUCUUUUAUUUUGGAAAACUAUGCGAAGUAAUAGAUUAAAUGCAUUACAUUCAUAUUUAGAAAAACAACGUAUCAGACAACAAAAAAAAUCUCAAGGCAUAAUACUAGAGUCUGAAUCUGAUGAAGAUAAUCCAUUUGCUAUAUAUGAACAUAAAGAAGAAAUUUUUAAUUUAGACAAAUCAGAACAUAUUCAUGUUGAUUCACAAAAAGAAUUAAUUAAUUCUGAUAAUUAAUUUAAUAAAAAUUAAUAUUUUAAAGAAGAUAUGAUAUAUACUAUACAUAAAAGAACAUAAUAAAUUUUUACUUUAAAAAAUAA